UCUACAACACGGGGGUCGGCGGCCACACGGCUGCUAUAAUGUGAGGAGCAGGUCGCCGGAGAGAAGCGCAGCUCCGACCUGAACGUGUAGGACGACCUGUGAGGAUAGUUCGGGACAGACUGCGAGUACAACGCGGAGGACUCCAGCGGGACUGCCGCUCACCUCUCGUGGACGCUCCGCUAACGAGCUAAGCAUGGCGGCACACACCACAUCAUAGAAGUCCAGUGCUGACAGUCUGGAAAGAGAGAACAGGAAGGCGAAGCAGGAGAGAGAGGGGACACUGUUUACCAUCAGAGCAGAUGGGUGAGACAGAGGACGAACGUAUGGCGCAGGCCAGCGUUCUCUUUGAGAACUUCGUCCAGGCAUCCACCUGCAAAGGGACUCUGCAGGCCUUCAGCAUACUCUGCAGGCAGCUGGAGCUGGAUCCUCUAGACUACAGCAACUUCUACAGCUCACUGAAGGCUGCAGUCAGCACCUGGAAGGUCAAGGCCCUGUGGACCAAACUGGACAAAAGGGCACAGCACAAGGUUUACAGCCAGAAUAAAGCCUGCCAGGGCACCAGGUGUUUGAUUAUUGGCGGCGGUCCUUGUGGUCUGCGGACAGCCAUUGAGCUGGCCCUGCUGGGCUGUAAGGUGGUGGUGAUCGAGAAAAGAGACACUUUCUCCAGGAACAACGUGCUCCACCUGUGGCCCUUCACCAUACAUGACCUGAGGGGACUCGGAGCCAAGAAGUUCUACGGCAAGUUCUGCGCCGGCUCCAUCGACCAUAUCAGUAUCCGCCAGCUCCAGCUGAUGCUGCUGAAAGUGAGUCUGAUUUUGGGUGUGGAGAUCCACGUCAACGUGGAGUUCGCCAAACUCGUGGAGCCGCCAGCGGAUCAGACUGACGACAGUCCUGGGUGGCGAGCCGAGGUCCGGCCCUCCGGUCAUCCUGUGUCCGACUUUGAUUUCGAUGUGGUGAUUGGAGCUGACGGACGCAAAAACACAUUAGACGGUUUCAGUCGCAAAGAGUUUCGCGGGAAGUUGGCCAUCGCCAUCACAGCUAACUUUGUCAACAGGAACACCACAGCCGAGGCCAAAGUGGAGGAGAUCAGUGGCGUGGCCUUCAUCUUUAACCAGAAGUUCUUUCUGGAGCUGAAGGAUGAGACAGGAAUUGACUUGGAGAACAUCGUAUACUACAAAGACAACACACACUACUUUGUCAUGACUGCGAAGAAGCAGAGUCUACUGGACAAAGGGGUCAUCAUAAAUGACUACAUAGAAACGGAGCGACUGCUGAGCCCUGACAAUGUCAACCAGGAAGCACUGCUGUCCUACGCCCGCGAGGCAGCUGACUUCGGCACAAACUACCAGCUGCCGUCCCUGGACUACGCCAUCAACCACUACGGACUGCCGGAUGUAGCCAUGUUUGACUUCACCAGCAUGUACGCCUCAGAGAACGCCGCCUUGAUCAGGGAGAAGCAUGGACAUCAGCUCGUGGUCGCACUGGUGGGAGAUAGUCUGCUUGAGCCCUUCUGGCCAAUGGGUACAGGCUGUGCUCGGGGUUUUCUGGCAGCCUUCGACACUACUUGGAUGGUGAGGGGCUGGGCACGGGGCAGGAGCCCUCUGGAGAUACUGGCUGAGAGGGAGAGUCUCUACAGGCUGCUGCCUCAGACCACCACAGAGAACAUCAGUAAAAACUUUGAACAGUACACCAUUGACCCUGCCACCCGCUACCCCAACCUCAACAGCAGCUGUGUACGCCCACACCAGGUGCGUCACCUGUUCAUUGAUGGCCAACAAGACACGAGUCAUCUGGAAAGAGGAGGACCCACACGUAGAUCAGUGAACUUGUCCAGAAGAGAGUCGGAGGUGCGUCCUGGCCAGCUGCUGUCCUGGUGUCAGAAGCAGACUCGUGGCUACAGAGCAGUUGACGUCACCAACCUCACAUCUUCCUGGAGGAAUGGCCUGGCCCUCUGCGCUCUCAUACACCGCCAGAGGCCGGAGCUCAUUGACUAUGACUCUCUGAACGAGGAGGACGUGGCGGGGAACAACCAGUUGGCGUUUGACUUGGCUGAGCGCGAGUUUGGCAUCCAGCCGGUGACCACGGGAAAGGAGAUGGCUGCGGAGGCCGAACCAGACAAGCUGCUGAUGGUUCUCUACCUCUCCAAAUUCUACGAGGCCUUCAGGAACUCCCUGGGAAACCACGGUUCAAGAGAACCAGAUGAGAAUAGUGAAGAAUAUCCAGCUAAAACCAGCCUCAAAGUGGUGAACCUGCCUCAGCCCAGGAAGAGGAUACCCAGGGAUGAAAAGAAACUGGAAGACGAUUCUGUUAACAAGAGACGUCGAAAGGGCAACCACUACCUCACAGAGUUGUCUUGCCACAGUGCGCCCCCUGCUGCUGAGGAUGGAGAGCUGCGGGAGAACAAGGUCCGCUCCAUGGCAACUCAGCUGCUGGCCAAGUUUGAGGAGAACUCCUCGACAGCGAAGACACGCAGCAAGUCUGACGAGGAACCCUCCGAUCCAUCCUUUUCUCCUCCUCUGUCCCCUUCCACCACACCGCUUCCUCUCUCAGAGCAGGAGGACGAGGAAGAGGAGGAUGGGGCCGGCGAGGGAGAAAACCCCCGUUUUGCAAAGCCCAAGGACGCCCCCCCCCCUUCUCCUCUUCCUCCCUCUCGCCCCAAGUGGCAGCCUUCCAUCUACCUUCGCUUACUGGAGAAUCCCACUGCUGUGGCUCAGCAAACCAGUUUCCUCUACUCCCCCAAAUCCCCUCCCUGUGAGAGCAGCUGCAGUCGCUCUCCUUCACCCUCGCUCUCAAAGAGCCCCCCCCGCUCACCGAGCCCCCGCGUUACUGAACAGCACUACCCAGAAUGCACCUCUCCUGCCCUGAAAACCAGUCACUUCUCUGCCUCUUCUCUGUGUGCUUCCAAUAUUGAUCAUUCCUCUGAGAGGUCGGAGGGCUCAGUGCAGCAGGUGAAUUUCAUGCCGCAGAGACUGUCCUCUAAGGAGUUUUCUGGGAGGAGUAUAAAGGAGAGAGCCGUCCUCCUCUCCACCAUGUUUCCUGGGUCCAACAAACGUCCUGCUGUUCCUCUUCCUCCUCUUCCUGAACCUCAGGUGGAACUAUCUACCUAUCCUCCUCCUCCUCCUCCUCAUCCUUCUCCUUCUGUCUCUGUGUCUGAGAGCUCCACCAUCUACCCUGUAGUCCACCCUGUCCCCGACCCCACCGCCCAGGCCGGUUUCUCCUCUGCCCCCCUGCACGCUGCUGCACGCAAGGACAAGAUACAGAUAGACUCCUGUGCUCCCUCAUCUUCCAGUGAUUCUGAAAAAACACGCCGAACGUCUUCUCUUCGUGUCGCUUCCUCCGCACGCGGCAACAGAACAUCUGCCGCCCUUUCUCCAACCGGCUCUGAUGAGAGCCAGCAGAUCUCUGAUACUAACUGUGAAAAUGGACACAGCAGCUCGUCCUCUCAUCCAGUGUCUCUGCUGCACAAGGAGAGCUAUGAGAGGCUGCGUGAAAGUGAGCAGGAGACGCACCACAAGGCCGCUCAGGAGACAUGUGAUGAUGAGAAAUUAGCUGGAAAUGAUCACGUGAAGUGCGAUGGGAGCUGCGCCCUUGAGACCCCUAGAAGAAUCCCUCAAAAGUCAGUUGUUCGCUCUGAGAGUUGUCCGACUGGAGCUCCCAGUUACAUUAAAGAGCGAACAGUCGGAAAGGUAUCAUCAGCCAUAGAUGCUAAAGCUCAGAUACUGGCCAUCCUCUAUGAGACAGACCACAGGCCCAAGGCCACGCCGUGUGUGGUACGUAAGGACUUCCCUCCCGGGCUCGGUGGCAGCGACAUCUGCCACUUCUGCACCAAGCGGGUGUACGUGAUGGAGAGGCUGAGUGCCGACGGCCACUUCUUCCACCGCGAGUGUUUCCGCUGCGACGUCUGCAACUGCACCCUCCGCCUGGGAGCGCACGCCUUCGACUCACAGGAGGCAAAGUUCUUCUGUAAGAUGCAUUACGCCCAGCACCAGUCCAGCACUCGCAUGUUCAGGAGGAGAAUGGAGGAGCGCGUCACGCCCUCGUCGUUGGACGGCGGGAGCUUCUCGGCGAUGGCCGGCGUCCAGAUCCAACCCCCAGGCGGGGCAUCCAGCUUGCAUUCAGAGCAGCUGGAGAAAGGUCAGAAAAGAGGUCCUGAAGACACAGAGAUGGCUGUUGAUGCUCUGGAUGCUUCCUGUCUAGUCAAACCCAAAGCACAAGAUGCUGCAGGGGUCAAGGGCCAAAGCCAGGACGCUUCCAAAGAUCCCUCUAACACCAAACAGAAUAAUCGAUGGAAACGGAAGAUCAGAGCGACCUUCCCUCUGAUCUUCAUGAAGCACUUCCAGAGGAGCUGGCCGCUGGACAAAGACGAACCGGAGGCUGUCCCUGAGGCGGACUCUGACUUUGAGGAGAUCACUUCAGCAGAAAAGCAAACUAACUCUGAAGGCAGUUCCAAGACAUCGGCAGAUACCCAGAGUCCCUCGGGGGGAAGUGAGAAAAGUGAAGAGCGCUCGGCUAAUAUAAAGACGGUCUGCAACUCAUCCACCCCAAAGAAAUGCUUGAAGUUAUCUCUCUCUGAGAAAGAGAAGCUUCUGAACUGGGACAUGCUGGUCACACCAGAGGAAACUGUAAUAAACAACCAAAACUCACAUCAGCAUAAAGACCAGGUACAAGCAGAGACAGAGGCAGAUAAGCCUCAGACAGGCUCAGGCCAGGACAGGGAACCAUCCCAGAGCCAAACCUCAGCCUUCCAGCUUCUGGCCAACGCCUUCAGGAGGACAUUUAGUUUGAGCAAUCCCUCCAGCAGCUCCAACACUGCCAUAACAAUGAGGACCAAACGAGACGGCCCCCGCAAACAGAGGCCCAUGUCAGAAGGAACGUUCAGCUUUAGUUCCCUCUUCAGCAGCGCGGGUCCGGAGUCGUCCAGAGAUGGCGAGCGUGAGGCUCGGUGGGCGUCUGUGGGGGCCGAUCCAUGGGGGGCCGGGCAGGACCUGCCCUCUCUGUUGCAGCAGGUGUCCCUAAAGGGUCGAAGAGACUCUGGAGGGGUGUUCUCUGAUGACACGACCUCCUUACCCCGCAGAAGGGUCAACUUGUUCUCAUCCCUGAGGCUGAGGAAGAGGCAGGAGUCAGAGAGCGAGGGGCAAGACCUGGAGGUGCAAAAGGAAAUCAGGACGAUACUCACCAACCUCAGAAACAAAGCCUCUCAUCAACAGAAUCUGGAAGAGUCUUCCUCCAGUGACAAUGAAGACGAAAACCUGACGUCCAGUCAGAAGCUUUGUCCAGAGAGACAGAGGAGGAGGCAGGAGAGGACGGUGGCCCAGCAGGCUAAAAGAGAAGAGCUGAAGAGGCUUCACAGAGCUCAGGCCAUCCAGAGACAACUGGAGGAGGUUGCAGAGAAACAAAGAGCUCUAGAGGAGAGAGGAGUGGCUAUAGAAAAGAUCAUAAGAGGAGAAACAGAAUCGUCCCUGACAGACGACAGUGACGAGGCCCAGCUCUACCAGUCCUGGUUUCAGCUCGUUCUGGAGAAGAACAGAUUGGCGCGCUAUGAGUCUGAACUCAUGAUCUUCGCUCAGGAGCUUGAACUGGAGGACACUCAGAGCCGACUGCAACAAGAGCUACGACACAAAAUGGCAAUAGAAGACACAAAGAAGAGCGCCUCCGAGUUGCAGGAGGAGCAGGAGAUCCUGUCGGAGAUCAUGAGGACGGUGGAGAAAAGAGACAUGCUGGUCUCCAUACUGGAGGAGCAGAGGCUGAAGGAGAGGGCCGAGGACAGGGACCUGGAGAGCCUGGUGCUGUGCAAGGGCUACGAGUUUCACUGGGCCCCGGCCGAUGACAUCUGGGAGCAGGAGAAACUGGAGUGAUGGCUGACUGUUGAGCACCUCUGUGGUGAAGAGCAGGAUGGUUGAUGAAGGGUAGGGAAGUACUGCAAGGCCUCACCUAACAUCACUUCAAAGAAACAGGGUGAAAUUUUACCGCGAUGGUUUGUGUCUGGCGUCUUCUUAUAAAGCAGGGAGGAUGGAAAUGCAGUGAAAGAGUAUGCGUUUAUUCACCCUAAAGAAGACGCGUAUCUCGCGUCACUUUGCGCUGGUGUGCUGAGCUCAGAGACUGACACUGGAUGGAAAUGGAGCCUGAGUUUCCUUCACAGCCGCUGACCUUGUUUGACCUCUGUGCUCAGAGGUGUCACCUGUCAUGGCCCGGGCUGACACGUACCUGAAACUGGACGUACAAUAUGGUUAACCACUUGUGAUAAUGUGACUGACUGCCUUGUCAAAGUUUGGCACACCUCAUAAACCAAACUUCCUGCUUAAUCAACAGCUGCUGUGUGUGGUUGCUUGCCUUCGGAGUGAUGGAUUUGUUAUUGCUGUUGUAACACUGUAUAGUCUCACUGGAUAAUACACCGAACGACUCCAGACUGUCCCUGAAGUUUUAGUGUUUUGCACAGCGUGAUCUGUUUUGAAUCAGCGUCAUAAAUCCAGAGAUGUGCAGUAUGUAAUUCACUGUUAGUCACUCUUUAGCUGUGUGUGUGAGUGUGAGCACAUUUUAAUAUUGUUGCUUUUUCACUUUGUGCUGGAAUACUGUCAAAUAAAAUUUAACUGUAUUUACA